GGGCCGCGCGCUGAUUGGCGGCCGCGCCGGAAGGGCGGGGCCGGCGGGGCGGAGGCCGGGGCGCCAUGGCCACAGCGACGGACCAGCUGGUUGGGUUUGGCUUGGUCGCCUUCAGCCUCGUCCUCUUUGUUUACUACACGCUCUGGAUCAUCGUACUGCCCUUCAUCGACAGCGACCAUGGGAUCCACCAGUAUUUCCUGCCUCGGGAAUAUGCAGUUAUCAUCCCUGUGGCAGCCGGGCUCCUGCUGCUGCUAUUUAUAGGUGUUUUUAUAAUGUUUGUCAUGUGGAAGAGCAGGAAACGUGCCAAGAAAUCAGACUGAAGUCCCAGCUGAGGAGAUGAGGAUGUGCCCACGCUGCAGCAUCAUAGCCAGGAAAAGACUUUUCCUGCAGCUCCAGGCAGACAUCUCCAAGGUGCCCAGCACUGAGCUGCUCCCACGUUCCCUCCUGCAGAGACUAAACCUGUAGUUUACAAUUCACUGACCAAAGAGAAGCAGGAUUCAUCCAAGGCUCAUCAAGUGAGGGACCAGAGCCCCUGCUGAGGGACCUGCUCCCCAGCUGGGGCUGCCCUGCCCACUCUGGGCACUCCUUCCCCUCAGCUCUGGCUCGGCCCAGUAGUUUGUUCCUUCUGGGAAUUUUAUUUAAAAGUUUACCUACA